AUGCUCGAUACAGAGGAAGAUGAUGCUCGGAAACAAAGCAACCAGGGAGACGCGAUAUUCGCGGAACAAAAAGGAAUUGUGGAGGAUCUUAAGCGGGAUUUGCACUUAUGCAAGGUAGAGCAACAUAAUAUACGAGCUGAACUAGAAAUUCUACGAAAUGAAAGUCAAAAAGUUAACGAUAUAAGAGAAUCCUUUAAUCGUAUUCAUUUAGAAGAAUGUGGUAACCAAGAUGCACAUAAGCAGGAAGUGAUAAAUUUACAAGAGCGUGUCAGACUUUUAGAAGCAGAGAAAGAGUCAGUUUCACAGUUAUGGCAUAUUUCAUUGAACACUAUAAGUGCCUUGGAGAAUGAAUUGAAAGGGUUUCGUGUAGAUGGAAAAGGGACAAAGUUUUAUCAAGAACAGGCGAAUAAUAUUAAAGAAACUUAUUCAGAAGCUAUUAAAAUGUUAGAAGAAAAGCUUUCACAGGCCAAAGAAAAUUUUGUGAAGCACCAAACACUGUACCUUACUAGUAAAGAAAGAACUGAUAGUUUAUCUAAGGAAAAGGAUGAAUUGUUGGACAAAUUUACAAAUCUUCAAAAAGAUGCUCAGGACAAAGACAGGAAUAACCAGGUGACAAUAGAAACAUUGAAGAAGGAAUUGGCUUAUGCUAAAACAGAGACCAAUAAAGUAGUACAGUCUAAAUUAGAAUUGGAAAGAAAAUUAAACGAAGUUAAAAGAUAUGCUGAAAAUGUUGUUGAAAGAGAUAGGGAAACAAAAAACAAAAUGGCAGAAGCCAUUGAAUUGAUAGAAUCUGCAGUUAGGGAAAAAGAUUUGGUACUUCAUCGUGAAGGUCUUAUAUUGGAGGAAAAAUCCAGGUUAGAACAUAGAUUAAAUAUCAUAGCAAGUGAAUAUGAUGCAAAAAUACAAGAAUUGAAUAAAAAAACUAGCGAUGAAAUUGAGUUAAGUACAAAGAAAUAUCUAGUAGAGAUCAAAGAACUUAAAGCAGAAUUAAGGGAAAAGACAAUGGCAGCAGAAAAAACUCAAAUAGAAUUGAAGUUUACCAAAGAAGAAUUAGGUAAGAUACGUAGGGAUUCAAGUACAAAGAUAUUGGAGUAUGAGGAAAAAGCUAAACGUAUGGAAUUUCAAUUACAAGUAUACGAUGAAGCAAUAGCUAAAAACAGAUAUGAUGUGGAAAUUAAGCAGUUGAAAGAGAAAAUUGUUACUCUUGAAGGUAAACUAGGUAUUUCCAAUGAUAAAUUAUACAAGUUAGAGGAGCAGCAGACCAGUAAUAUACAAGAUCAGGUGAAAAGAGCCGAUCGUGAAAAUAAAGACUUAAUGAAACAAUAUUCAGAUCUAGAGAAUAAAUUAGCCAAAACAUUAGGUGAUAAGGAAAGUCUUGUAUUACAAUUAAAAUCAUUGAAACACGAUUUUGAGUAUGAAAUACAGAAAAGGGAAAAUGAAAGACAUUCCCUCGAAAAUAAAAUUCGGGAAUUAGAAGUUAAUCUUCAUAAAGCAACAUGCUCAAGGGAAAAUAGAUUGAGAGAUGGAGUUACUGAUGAUAUAAAUCCUUUUCCGUAUGAUGUAAAAAAUAAACCCAGCUUGGAUAUAACGGUAGAAAAUAAAUGUCACUGCUGUCAAUCAGUAUUAUCAGAUCAUAUGAAUAAACUGCAGGAAAAGUUUGACAGGAAAACAAAGGAGUUGAUCAAUCAUGUUCAAGUUCAUCAAAAACUAAGUAAAAAAUGGAGAGAUGAAGCAAAAACUUUGACAGUUAAAUUUCAAGGGAAAAGUAAGGAACUAAAGAACAAAAUAAGUGCAUUGCAACAAGAAAAUAAUGAAUUAAAUAAAGAAUUAUUAACUUGCAAACAACAACUGGCAUAUAAUACAAUGGAAGAUAUACAAAGAUUUAACGAAGCAAGUGAAAUUAGGUGA